AUCUCCGACCCGGGACUCGCAUAUAUCGUGCUAGGCGGCUUCGUCGUUGCUUUCUCGAUGGUUUCUCUCCUGGUAAAAGAAAAGCUAUUCAUCAACGAGGUGGUUUUGGGUACAGCCGUGGGUGUUAUCAUGGGUCCACAUGUUGCAGGCAUCUUCGACCCCCGCUCGUGGGGCGACACGACGCAAACAGUUACGCUCGAAGUCAUGCGCAUCGUUCUCGCUACUGGCCUCUUUGCCAUCGGAGUAGAGCUUCCUGGACCGUACAUGGUUCAGCACUUCAAAGGACUUUUCGUUAUGGUGGUGCCAACCAUGGCUAUUGGAUGGGGAAUAGUCGCCGGACUCCUCCGAGCCCUGUUCGCCGACCUCAAUUUUAUCUCUUGUCUCGUUAUCGCUGCGUGCCUCACUCCCACGGACCCUAUCAUAUGUGCUGCCAUAGUUGGUGGUAAGUUUGCCGUAAAACACGUGCCUCUUAACCUCCGUCAAAUCUUGUCGGCGGAGUCUGCAGCAAAUGACGGACUUGCCUACCCGUUUCUAUCAGUGUCUAUAUACCUGACCGUCGAAUCCUCUCGCCGAGUCGCCAUCGGCAAGUGGUUCGUUGUGGGUUGGUUAUAUGAAGUCGUCCUCGGCGUCGUCUUGGGGGCCAUUCUCGGCCGCACAUUUGCCUGGCUAAUGAGAAUCUCCCUCCGUAAGGGUUUCAUUGACCGUCAGUCCUACGUCGCACAAUACCUUGCAAUGGCAUUCUUCACCAUCGGCAUCGCCAGUACCAUCGGAAGUGACGAUUUACUCGCUGCCUUUGCUGCCGGCAACGCCAUAUCGUGGGAUGGCCACUUCAAUACUCAAACUGAAGACGAGAUCUUUUCAUCGGUAAUUGAUCUAGUACUAAAUUGCGCGUGCUUUGUGUAUAUAGGCGCCUGGCUCCCUUUCUCCACUUUCAACAGUCCGGAGUUGGGUAUCACCCCUUGGCGAUUGGUCGUCCUUUUCAUAGCUAUCCUGGCGCUCCGCCGCAUCCCUUCAGUGCUACUUCUGUAUAAAUGGAUUCCCGAAAUAAGGACGUGGCGCGAGGCACUGUUUUCAGGGCACUUUGGUCCUAUGGGUGUGGGCGCGGUGUUUAUAUCGACCUUGGCCCUGACUGAACUCCCGAAGCCGCAUUAUCCACCAGAGAGUCAGCAGGAACUCCUUGCUGCGACCUUGCAACCAAUCGUGUCGUUCGUCGUCUUGGGGUCCAUCAUCAUACAUGGUUUGUCAAUUCCGUUCUUCUCCUUCGGCAGAACCUUGUCGCGCACGCUUUCGAUGAACACGGAUGCUUCGACGGUGUUAGUCGAACCUAUUAAUAAAAUUCUGUAUCCUGAGGUGGCCGAACGCUUACCAGUGACCGAGGCGGGUCCGUCGAAUGACAGGACCGUCAAUUUCGCUAACGCCCAAUAACACUGGUUGUGUCGUACUCGAAACAACCUUCUGAGUACCUGAUGCUAGCUAUCGGAAAUUUCAUGAAAUUAGAAUCAACAAUAGAAACGGGUAUAAAUACAUCCGUACACAAAACGUGCUCUUAGACAAUACAAUAUCUUGCAUAUAGAAUUGCGGAGCAUAUCAUUGGUUAUAUAGUACAAUAUGUGAAUAUCAAACGGUUGUGUCAUUGCCAUCUGUC